UUUUUGCUUACUAGUCUAUUCCUCAUAAUUUUUCUUUCUCCUUCUUCUUCUCUAUACCUUCAAUUAUAUUUUUUAAUCAUAAAUCAUAACUAGUAAAAAUAUCAAUAUUGAUUAUUACCUUUUCUUUUGUUUUAUUUUUUACGCAUUGGUAAUUCAACCUUGAACUCCAUUGAUUUUUGAUCAAUUCAUUUCUGUCCAAGGUUGUAUAGGAUAUACAAAAAGAGGAAGGAGAAGAAAUAAUAAUGUCUCAUAGGGUUGACCAUGAAUAUGAUUAUCUAUUCAAAAUUGUCUUGAUUGGUGAUUCUGGUGUUGGGAAAUCUAAUAUUCUUUCGAGGUUUACAAGAAAUGAAUUUUGUCUAGAAUCUAAAUCAACUAUUGGUGUUGAAUUCGCCACAAAAACUCUUCAGGUAGAUGGGAAAACAGUCAAGGCACAAAUAUGGGAUACAGCAGGACAAGAAAGGUAUCGAGCAAUUACCAGUGCUUAUUACAGAGGAGCCGUGGGUGCACUCUUGGUUUAUGACAUAACAAAGAGACAAACUUUUGAAAAUGUACAGAGGUGGCUUCGCGAGCUGAGAGACCAUGCUGAUUCAAACAUUGUUAUUAUGAUGGCUGGAAAUAAAUCUGAUUUGAACCAUCUGAGAGCUGUUCCGGAGGAAGAUGCUCAUAUUUUGGCUGAGAAAGAGGAACUCUCUUUUCUUGAAACAUCGGCGUUGGAAGCAUUGAACAUUGAUAAAGCUUUUCAAAUUAUUUUGGCAGACAUUUACCAUAUCAUAAGCAAAAAAGCACUUGCCGCCCAAGAAGCAGCCAACACCACAGGGCUUCCAGGUCAUGGAACCACUAUAAAUGUUGGGGAAGUUGCAGGAAACUUGAACAAGAAAACCUGUUGUUCUACUUAAAAAACAAAUUCUUCUAUAUUGUUGUAUGUAAAGAAAACAAUCUCUGAUAGCCCACCGUAAAAAGGCACUUGAACGGAAAUUUUUGUACACAAGAGAAACAAACAUGUAGAACACGUCUACUUAUUUGCGAGAUGUUAUUCUUUUAAAUGCAGUUGUAAGAAAUUAUUACGCUAUCGAAGAAAGAUUUUUUUGUUAAAA